AUGAUUAGUGUGGAAAAAGGAAGCAGCCGCGCUGCGCUGACCGCACGCUCCACCUGUUAUUUCAACGCCCAGCCGGAGGAGGAGAAGGUGGUGAAGAAGGUGCUGUCAUUGUCCCAGUCCGAGGGGGACGGCGCCACCGUCCGCCGGAGCAUCGGCCGGCACGAGCUCCGGAACCUGGACCCGUUCCUCCUGCUCGACGAGUUCUCCGUCUCCAAGCCCGCCGGCUUCCCCGACCACCCUCACCGUGGCUUCGAGACCGUCACCUACAUGCUCGAUGGGGCCUUCACCCACCAGGACUUCUCGGGGCGCAAGGGCACCAUCAGGACCGGAGAUGUGCAGUGGAUGACGGCGGGGCGCGGCAUCGUGCACUCGGAGAUGCCGGCGGCGGACGGAGUGCAGAAGGGACUGCAGCUCUGGAUCAACCUCGCCUCCAAAGACAAGAUGAUUGAGCCAAGGUACCAGGAGCUCGAGAGCAAGGACAUUAGCCAGGCCGAGAAGGAUGGCGUGGCGGUGCGGAUCAUUGCGGGGCAAGCCUUUGGGGUGCGGUCGCCGGUCUACACACGGACGCCAACCAUGUACAUGGACUUCACAAUGCAACCAGGGUCGCAGCUUCACCAGCCGAUCCCCGAGGGCUGGAAUGCCUUCGUGUACAUCAUCGAGGGGGAGGGCGUGUUCGGCAAGGAGGGCACGGCACCAGCGAGCGCGCACCACUGCCUCGUACUCGGCGCGGGGGAUGGCCUCAGCGUGUGGAACCGGUCCGGCGCACCGCUACGGUUCGUGCUGGCAGCAGGGCAGCCGUUGAACGAGCCGGUGGUGCAGCAGGGGCCCUUCGUCAUGAACUCGCGUGCGCAGAUCCAGCAGGCCAUGGAGGAUUACUACUACGGCCGCAACGGCUUCGAGAAGGCCAGCCAGUGGAGCUCCGCCUGAUUCUCGUCGGUGUCUCGCCGUGAUGAUGAUCAACAUCUGGUGCAUUGUUGUGCAAAACAUUGGGAAGGAAAGGGAAAUUGAACUGUACCAUUAUAUUGAUGCCUUUGUGUAGAAUAGCUGUCUUGUUUUUCUUUGAUUCUCUUUUUACUUGUUUAUAGAAAAGAGUGUACAAUAAAAGUGUGUAAUGAAGGGGAACUUAGUAAUGAUUGUUUUAUCAUAAAAGAGCAAACUGUUUAAUCAUAGAUUUGGGCAAGCAGAACUAGGGGAAAUAAUUAAUGGAUUUCAAGUAGGGGACAAACAAGCUUCAGAUUUCAA